AUGGCUGUUAAGAACCCCUUUGGGUUCACGACGGGCCCGGUCACUUUUUGGCUGAUAGUCGUCUACGCAGCCUUCCUGAUACCUCUCGUAUGGAUCCACGAGUCCGUGCCGGCUGUCCCAAGCCACAGCCAGGAUCCCUACCCGGACCUCAACUUGACUGAGGCCUGGCAGGACCUGACGCACAUCACCAGAAAAUACCACCCUUACAACAGCCGUGCCAAUGACGAGGUCGGUGCGUACCUCUUGAAGCGAGUUAAGGACAUUUUGGAUCGCAACAAGGUUGACUACACCGAGGAGAAGGACGCUGGCGGCGUUAUCUGGACUCAGGACAUUAAUGAUGCCCCUGCUUCUGCCCCUGCGAGACAAGACGUGCUCCGGCGCGCAUCGACGGGCCCUUCGGUGACCAUCUUCGACGACACGAUAUCGAACACCACCUACCUUGGCACAUCGGGCUCUUUUAGCCAAUCAGGCCCGUAUGCUACGUAUUUUGAAGGCACGAACAAGCUUGUCUACAUUCGCGGUACCGAAGAUGAAGACGGAGAAUGGUGGAAUGGCAAGCGUGAUGCUCGCAAGAUUGGCCAGGGCGGCGUUCUUGUCAAUGCUCAUUACGACUCAGUUUCCACUGGCUACGGUGCAACUGAUGAUGGCAUGGGCUGCGUCAGCAUCCUGCAGAUGCUCAACUACUACACUAGCCCUGGUCAGCAGCCGAGGCGUGGAAUUGUGCUGCUGCUCAACAAUGGCGAAGAAGACGGCCUGUUUGGAGCUAGAGUCUACCACUACAGCCCUCUUUACCACUUCACUACCUCGUUCGUGAAUCUCGAGGGUGCUGGCGCCGGCGGGCGGGCCAUUCUGUUCCGGACGACCGACCUGGAGGUCACCAAGGGCUACGCAAACGCACCGCACCCCUUCGGCUCCGUCGUUGCCGCAGAUGGAUUCAAGCUCGGGGCGAUCAGAAGCGAAACGGAUUAUAAAGUAUGGACUGAAUCCUAUGGUCAGCGCGGCCUCGACAUUGCGUUCUAUCGCCCGCGGGCACGAUACCACACCAACCAGGAUGAUACCCGCCACGCCUCGCAAGAAAGUCUGUGGCACUUGCUGUCCAACAGCCUGGCGGCUGUCGACAACCUCCAAAGCACCACCGGCUAUUUCAGCGGCCGACGAAAUGAUGGAGACAAGAAGAAGGUGUCGAGCGGCUCUGGCACGGACGGUGUAUGGUUCGACAUGUUUGGAACGGGCUUCGCGCUGCUGGAGCUUCGGGGCCUUUUUGCCUGGACCCUGACAUUACUUAUUGUGUCUCCCCUCGCCCUGGCCCUGGUAACCUACAUCCUCUCCAGAAAGGACAAGUACUAUUUCUUUUCGCGAAAUGUUAGAGCCGAAGAGGAUGAAGAACCCGUGCCCCUCGGAGGUUGGAAAGGUUUUUCCCGCUUCCCGCUGGCUCUGAUCUUCUCGGCCUCGAUCACGGUUCUCUCCGCCCUUCUGGUCCGAAGGGUCAACCCUCACAUAAUCUACAGCAGUCCCUACGCAGUAUGGGCGAUGACGCUGUCUCUGUUCUUCCUCGUCUUCUGGACAGUCUCAAAGGGCGCCAGUGCUGUCAGACCGACCGCUCUUCAGCGGGGGUAUGCCCACAUCUGGUUGUUCAUUCUCAGCUGGGCCAUCCUCGUCGGGGUCACGACCGCCGCCGACAGGUUCAAGAUUGCGUCCGGCUAUCCCUUUGCAUUCUUCCAUUCCGCCGUGUUCGUUUCGACACUCAUCAGCCUCUGUGAUUUAUUCGCGCUCCCAAGCAAGAAGGACUUUGCACAGCAUGCCCAUGACGAUCAGCAAAUCAGGGAUCACAUAUCAGAGGUACCCAACUCGGACGCAUUGAUUUCCCAUCAUUCCAAUGAUGAGGACAAUACCGUCGAGGAGCCCACAGAAACAACGCCGCUUAGGAGUGGUGAGAACGAAAACGGAAACAACGGCACCAUCCGGACAACUUUUGCGACGACAUAUAGACGCUCCAUCUCGGCCAUCAUGAGCGAUACUGGGGAGGAGAACAAGGAGACAGAACAUCCUCUCGAAAAGGAGCAGCAAUGGUCCGCCAAGCUUCCAUCUUGGACCUGGUUUUUCCAACUGCUUCUGCUUGCUCCAAUCACCAUUAUCGUCUUCCUCCAGAUCGCUCUCUUCGUCGUUUCUGCGAUCAACUCAGCAGCCGCAGACGGCAACGACCCCUUGCUGGUGUAUUCAGCCAUCGCUGCUUUCAGCAUCAUCGUCCUUCUGCCCAUCACGCCAUUCAUUCACAGAGCCAGCUUCUACCUCCCUCUAUUCCUGCUUCUGAUUUUCUUCAUCAGUCUGAUCUAUAACCUUGUCGCCUUCCCCUUCUCGGCAGAAAACCGCCUGAAGGUUAGGUUCCAGCAAACGCUUGACCUGGAUCGGACGACGUCGAUCGUCUCGUUCACCGGCUUGGAGAAGUACACUCGACAGCUGAUUGCAGAGCUCCCCUCGGGAGCGGGUCAACCAGUCAACUGCACACGCGGAGCCGGGCUGUCAUCUGAAUGUCACUACAACGGUGCGGCUGUGAUGCCCCAUUUGCCCCAGUUCACCGACAGCCUUUCUGCCGACUUUUCGGAGGGCAAAUACGCCGACCUCGUGACUGUCAAUAUCAGCCACUCGAACUCAAGCAAAAAGGCCGAGUUCUGCAUUGAUGCCGUGGAGUCAAAGUCAUGUACUCUGACUUUCGACACCCCGGUAUCGUUCCACGUCCACGGAAGCGCCGGCAUAGACCCCAUCUUCAGCCAACCUACCGAGCAAGGCGUAGUAAAGCUUACACUUUGGCGCAGAGACUCGUCAAUCCCUUGGACAGUAGACGUUGAAUCGCUCGAAAGCCGAGCCGUGUCAUCCGGCGUACCGUUCGAAUCCAGUGGUCACGGCAUCGAGACAGUUCACGAAGAUCUCCGAGUCCGAAAGUCAGCAGAGUUGAGCGGAACCAUUGCAUGCCAAUGGAGCGAUGCCAAUGUUCUAGGCACCAUUCCUGCAUUCGACGAGGCUUUGCAAUUCUCCCCUGACUGGAUCGCCGUCACCAAGGCAGCUGUCGGCCUUGUUGAAGCGGAGAAGAAGUUUCGAGGUUGA